CCCAGCAUCGAGCAGAGGAGAGCCCUUGGAGACAGAGCCCUGCAGCCACCCAGCUCCAGCCCCAGUCCAUCCCAUUCCUGCAGCACCAUGAAGGUCCUCGCAGCCACCCUGGUCGCUCUCCUCCUCAUGGCCACCUGCUCCACAUCUGAAGCCCAUCUUGAUGGUGUCCCCACCACCUGCUGCUUCAGCUACCAGCAACGCCCGGUCCCACGGGGCCUUGUUGCCUCUGUCUAUAUGACCAGCAGCAGCUGCAGCCAGCCAGGAGUGAUCCUGGUCACCAAGAAGAAGAAGGAGCUGUGUGCAGACCCCCAGGCACUGUGGGUGCAGGCCCUUCUGAAGCACUUCCAGACCCUUAAGAACUGACCCAUCUCUGUUGCCACCUGCCCUGUCCUCGGUGCCACCCCCCCAAGGACUUGGC